AUGCCCUACACCGGGAUGCCUCCCCGCAUGGUGCCCCAGCUGCUGUGGCCCACACCUGCCGUAGGGCAGUGCUGUACCAGGCUGACAUUUGCCAUCGCAGCCUACACGGGCUUCAGACUGGUGAACGGCAGCACAGAGUGCACAGGGCAGGUGGAGCUGGAGGCGCACGGCACCUGGGGCUCCCUCUGCGAUGCCGGCUGGGACAUGCCUGACACGCAGGUGCUCUGCCACCACCUCGGCUGCGGCUUUGCCACCUCCGUGUCCCACGGAGGGUGUUUCGGGACAAGGAGCGGCCCGCUGUGGCGGGACACUUUUCACUGCUGUGGGACCGAGUCCCACCUGGGAGAGUGCCCUGCCAUGGCGCUGGGGACCCCUGCCUGCUCGCUCGGCCAUGUUGCCGCAGUCAAUUGCUCAGGUGGUGCUGAACCCCUGAGGCUGGUGGAUGGGGAGAGCCGCUGUGACGGGCGCCUGGAGGUGGCCCUGGGUGGGGCCUGGGACCAAGGCCUGGCCCAGUGCAAUGCCACACUGCACAGCUCUGUGCCACCAGGCCGCACCCAGGAGACGGCGGUUGUGUGCUCAGGCGCGUGUGCCGGGAAGGGCCCCAGGGCACCACAGGGGCCCGAGCAGCUGCCCCAGCCUGGGCUGUCUCUGGCUGCAGGGAGACGACAGGUGCGGCUGGUGAGCGGCCCCAGGUUCUGCCCCAGCAGAGUGGAGGUCUAUGUCCAGGGGGCCUGGAGCUGCAUCUGCAAGGACACCUGGGACCUCUGGGACGCCGCCGUCGUCUGCCACCAGCUGGGCUGCGGUGAGGCCUUGGCAGUGCCCGGCUUGGCCCACUAUGGCCAGGGCUCUGGACCAGUGCUGGACAUUCAGGGGCUGGAUAUGGCCCUGCCUUUCUUCACAGCUCGCAUCCUGCAGUGCCCCCAGGGCUUUUCCACAUACACGGCCAUAUGCCAGGGCCCAAGAGCCAGCCCCACAGUGGGGAGUGGAGGCCAUCAGGGCAGGGAACAGCUGUGGGACAUAGCCCCCUGGGCCCACCUGGCAGGGCAGGCUGCACCAGGCACCCGUGGCAUCAUGUGGGGGCUCCACAUCCUCCUUUGUGGUCCCACAUGGGCACCCACAGGCACUGAGGAGCUGAGACUGGUUGACGGAGGCAGCCGCUGCGCUGGCCGGGUGGAGGUGAAGCACGAGGGCCAGUGGGGCACCGUGUGCAGCUAUGACUUCAUCUGGGAUGUCCGCGGAGCCUCCGUGGUCUGCAGGCAGCUGGGAUGUGGCACCGUGGCCAGGACUUCCCCAUACACCCCAUUUGGGGCAGGUGCUGGCCGGAUUUGGCUGCAACCCUUCUUCUGCCGUGGCACCGAGACAGCGCUCCACCACUGCUCCCACUAUGGCUGGGGCCAGCACUACUGCGGACAUGACUGGGACGUGGGGGUGACAUGCUCAGGUGAGGGAUUAGGUGACUGUGCUGGGGGGCAGCCCUUUGGCUGCACGCGGUUGGGAGCCAUUAUGGCCAUGCCCAGUGCCUCCCCACCAGGGACUCCCCGGGUGUGGGAGUGGCGCUGGAGGGCAGCACUCUCAUGCCCUGAGGGCACCUCUAAUGCAGAUGCCGUGGAGCUGAGGCUGGUGAAUGGAGGUGGUCCCUGUGCCGGCAGAGUGGAGGUGAAGCUGCGGGGCCAGUGGGGGACGGUGGCAGAUAACGAAUGGGACAUGGAAGAUGCCGAGGUGGUGUGUCAGCAGCUGGGCUGUGGCUCAGCCAAAAGCGCCCAUGCCUGGAGCCGCUUUGGGAAAGGGUCUGGACCAAUUCAUCUGGCUGUCGUUGACUGUCGCGGGGAUGAGUCCGCCCUCUGGGAAUGUACUAUCAAGGGAUGGGAGCUGUACAAUGGAAGCCAUAGCUGGGAUGUUGGCGUGGUCUGCCAAGGGUUUGUGCAGCUGGUCAGUGGGGACAGUGCCUGCUCGGGUCGUGUGGAGGUCAGGCAGGGCCGAGGCUGGGCAACCCUCUGCAAGGCCCACGUGGACCUCAACGCUGCCCAUGUCAUCUGCAAGGAGCUGGGCUGUGGAGCCGCUCUGGCCAUCACUGGGGCAGCACACUUUGGGGCAGGAGCUGGGCCCAUCUGGGACGGGGGAUUUGAGUGUGCAGGCAACGAAUCCCUCCUGUCUGCCUGCACCCGCAGGCUGCCCCACAGCCAGGGCUGCACGCACAGCAGUGACGCCGGCAUCAUCUGCUCCCGUGGCACUGAACCCCUGCGGCUGGUGGACGGGGAGAGCCGCUGUGACGGGCGCCUGGAGGUGGCCCUGGGUGGGGCCUGGGGCCGAGUCCUGCCACAGCAGUGGGAUGACAGCGGUGCCAGUGUGGUGUGCCGGCAGCUCCGGUGCGGCACGGUGCAGAAGGCCUACGCCGCCCCAGUGCUGCAGCCAGGCUCGAUCCCCCUGGGGCUGAGCGGGCUCCAGUGUGCAGGCACGGAGACCCACCUGGCCCAGUGCAAUGCCACGCUGCCCAGCGCCGUGCCAUCGGGCCACACCGAGGAGGCGGUGGUUGUGUGCUCAGGGAGCCGGCGGGUGCGGCUGGCGAGCGGCCCUGGGCGCUGUGCUGGGAGAGUGGAGGUCUACGUGCAGGGGGCCUGGAUCCAUGUCUGCGAGGACGCCUGGGACCUCUGGGACGCUGCCGUCGUCUGCCGCCAGCUGGGCUGCGGCAAGGCCCUGGCAGUGCCCGGCUCAGCCCGCUACGGCCGGGGCUCGGGGCCAGUGUGGCUGGGUGCCGAGCUCACAGUCCUGCGGCUGGCGGGUAGCAGUGGCUGCACUGGGCGCCUGGAGGUCUUCUACAAUGGGACGUGGGGCAGCGUGUGCGCCAAUGGCACCAGCCCCGCCACAGCCGCCGUGGUGUGCCAGCAGCUGGGCUGCGGGGCCACGGGCCGACUGGCAUCUGCCCCAGCAACCACACAGGGCUCAGGCCCUGCGUGGCUGGCCUGGGUGCAGUGCGAGCUGGGGGCCAACUCCCUCUGGCACUGCCCCUCGGCACCCUGGCAGCUGCAGCCCUGCGACUCCCCUGGGGACACCCACAUCACAUGUGACGGGGACCCUGGUGGCACCAGAGUGACUCCCACGCCAGCCAGGGCAACUGGAUGCCCAGACGGCACAGCUUGCACAGGUGCUCACAGGAGCCCCACAGCAGGUGCUGGGGCCAUGGCAGUGCCCACCAUCCUCUGCAUUGUCCUGGGCACUCUGCUCUGCCUGGCCCUGGGGGCCCUCGCUGUGCAGGCAUGGCGCGCCAUGGCUCGGCACAGAGGCCCUGGCAGAACUGGGGACACAAUCUCUGAAGCUGUCUAUGAGGAGCUCGACUAUACUCUGACGCCAGAGUACCAGGAGGUGCCCAGUGGCUCAGGCUCUCCAUCAGAAGGCUCAGCAGCAAAGCUGCCGUAUUACACCAGUGACAGCGUGGAGGUCAGCAGCCCCGCGACAGCAGCAGACACCCCUGCCCUGCCCAGGCAUGGCCCCCCGGAUGGGUAUGACGAUGCCGCGGCCGUGCUGCACCCGGGAGAGGCCGCUUCUCCAGGGUUGAGCGACGGAGAUGUCUCCGAGGUCACGGUGCUGGAAGCCUACACGGGCUUCAGGCUGGUGAACAGCAGCACAGAGUGCGCAGGGCAGGUGGAGCUGGAGGCACGCGGCACCUGGGGCUCCCUCUGCGAUGCCAGCUGGGAUAUGCCCGAUGCCCAGGUGCUCUGCCACCACCUCAGCUGCGGCUUUGCCGCCUCCGUGCCCCACAGAGGGUAUUUUGGGACAGGGAGCGACCCGCUGUGGCAGGACACGUUUCACUGCAGCGGGACCAAGUCCCACCUGGGAGAGUGCCCUGCCACGGUGCUGGGGACCCCCGCCUGCUCACCAGGCCGCACUGCCGCAGUCAAUUGCUCAGGUGGCACUGAACCCCUGAGGCUGGUGGAUGGGGAGAGCCGCUGUGAUGGCCGCCUGGAGGUGGCCCUGGGUGGGGCCUGGGGCCAAGUCCUGGCUCAGCAGUGGGACGCCAGCAGCACCAGUGUGGUGUGCCAGCAGCUCCGGUGUGGCACAGUGCAGAAGGCCUACACCGCCCCAGUGCCGGGGCCAGGCUCGAGCCCCCUGGGGCUGAGUGGGCUCCGGUGCACGGGCACGGAGGCUCGCCUGGCCCAGUGCAACUCCACGCUGCCCAGCACCACACUGCUGGCCACGUCAAGGAGCCAGCAGGUGCGGCUGGCGAGCGGCCCUGGGCGCUGUGCUGGGAGAGUGGAGGUCUACGUGCAGGGGGCCUGGAUCCAUGUCUGCGAGGACGCCUGGGACCUCUGGGACGCCACCGUCGACUGCCACCAGCUGGGCUGUGGAGAGGCCCUGGCAGCGCCCGGCUUGGCCCACUAUGCCCGGGGCUCGGUGCCAGUGUGGCUGGGCGCCGGUGGCUGCUCCGGGGCCAAGGUGACAUUCUGGGACUGCCCGGCCCCAGCCCCGGACCCAGGGCAUCACAGCUGCAAGCAGGGCGCUGACGUGGCAGCCUUCUGCUCAGGUGCCCACAGGAGCCCCGCGGGGGGUGCUGGGGCCAUGCCGGUGCCCACCAUCCUCUGCAUUGUCCUGGGCACUCUGCUCUGCCUGGCCCUGGGGGCCCUCGCCGUGCAGGCAUGGCGUGCCAUGGCUCGGCACAGAGGCCCUGGCAGAGCUGGGGACACAAUCUCUGAGGCCGUCUAUGAGGAGCUUGACUACACUCUGACGCCAGAGUACCAGGAGGUGCCCAGUGGCUCAGGCUCUGUGUCGGAGGGCACAGUGACGAAGCUGCCGUAUUACACCAGCGACAGCGUGGAGGUCAGCAGCCCCGCGACAGCAGCAGACACCCCUGCCCUGCCCAGGCACGACCCCCCAGAUGGGUAUGAUGAUGCCACAGCUGUCCUGCACCCGGGACAGGCUGCUGCUCUGGGGCCAAGUGACAGAGAUGUCUCUGAAGUGGCCACGCUGGGAGAUUACAAACAAAAAUACAAAGCGCACAUGACAAGACAGUUCCUGCAGGCAGUUAUGAUUCUAAUGCACUGCUGGACCCUCCUCUCCUGCCUGAGCCCUUUCCCUAAGCACAGCAGCCUGGGAGACCUUGUUGGCAAAGCUCCUCCUCCCUUCCUCCUCCUCUAUGUGCCCUUUUUCACUGGAGUUCAGGCCAGCUUAUCCAGGCCAUCCUCCUGA